AUGGGUUCAGAAAAUAUAGGUUUGAAGGUUUUCAUGUUUCCAUGGCUGGCAUAUGGUCACAUAUCUCCAUUUCUAGAGCUAGCCAAGAGAUUAUCAGAGAGAAAUAUUCAUUCAUACGUUUGUUCAACCCCAGUUAAUCUCAAUUCCUUCAAGACUAAAAUCCCUGAAAAGUAUUCCAAUUCCAUUCAACUAGUGGAACUUCAUCUUCCAUCCUUGCCUGAACUUCCUCCUCACCACCACACAACCAAUGGCCUUCCACUGGAUCUCCAACCAACCCUCCGUAAGGCCCUUAAACUGGCAAGGCCUGAUUUAUCCAAUAUCCUAAAAACUCUAGAUCCUGACUUGUUAAUACAUGAUGUAACGUAUCAAUGGGCUGCAAAGUUUUCACUGUCCCAUAAUAUUCCAGCUAUUUCUUUCUGUACUUCUGGCGCAACGAUGGUUUCAUAUUUCUGUCACGUUUCAAUGAAACCGGGGACUGAAUAUCCCUUUCAGGCCAUUCGCCUUUCAAAUUUUGAGCAAGAAAUGCUGUACUCGACCAUGAAAUCCUACAGAAAAGAAGCUGCUGAGGAAGAUCCUGAUGAUAAGGUACCUCCAGAAGCCUGUAAAACCAUGUUAAUGAAAAGCUCUAGAGAGAUUGAAGGGAAAUACAUAGAUUAUCUCUCCGAAAUGAUCAAACGGGAGAUAAUGCCUGUUGGUGCACUCUUUCCCGAUCCAGUUAGCCAUAACGAGGAAAACGAGCUCAUGGAAUGGCUAGGGAAGAAAAAAGAGUCUUCUAGUGUAUUUGUAUCCUUUGGGAGUGAGUAUUACUUGAAAAAAGAAGAGAUUGAAGAGAUUGCGUAUGGAUUAGAGCUUAGCAAUGUUAACUUCAUAUGGGUCAUUAGGUUUUCUGCGGGGGAGAAUAUUAGAGUUGAAGAGGCACUACCUGAGGGUUUUCUCAGGAGGAUUGGAGAGAGAGGAAGGGUUGUGGAAGGAUGGGCACCACAAACACAAAUUUUAGGGCAUUCAAGUAUUGGUGGGUUUGUAAGUCAUUGUGGUUGGGGUUCUAUGAUGGAAAGUAUUGAAUUUGGGGUUCCAAUCAUUGCCAUGCCCAUGCAUCUUGACCAGCCUUUGAAUGCCAAGCUUGUGGUGGAGCUUGGUGUAGGAGUGGAGGUUGUGAGAGAUGACAAGGGGAGGCUUCAAAGAGAAGAAAUAGCAAAAGUGAUCAAAGAUCUUGUAAUUGGGACCAUCGGGGAAAAUUUAAGGAGAAAAGUCAGAGAACAAAGAGAGAAUACAAGAUUAAGAAGUCAAGAAGAGAUGGAUGGAGUAGUUCAGAAGCUUGCACAACUUUGUGGGAAGAGUACAGGGAAAUUACCUCAAACAGAUGUUGGACAAACUUGUUUUACAGUUGCCUACAACUAG